GAACGUGUGCGAGUUCCACUCCGCAUCAACAUGCGCGUGGAGGAUACCAAAAGAAAGAAGAAGAAGAAAGUCUGCGUUGGAGUGAUUUUGGAGCUGGGCGAAAGUGAAACCAAUGUCAAAUAUGAAGAUGGCCGAACAAAGCGAGUGGCCAACACAAGGCUGCGCCCACUGGAGCGAGUCACUCGAGAUGCCACUGGCUAUUCGGGCGACAGCAGCUUCAAUGACUUUCGCUUCACCAAAAAUUGCCUUCCAACUGGAAUUGAGGUUGUGGGCGAUGGCGCUGAUCUUGAGAAAAAUCGUGCUGGUCAAAGCUACCUGCACCUGAAGAAGAACACGUACUUGAGAGUACCUCUCCGGGGACUUCGACACGAAAAGCUUCGUCCAGGUGAGCCAAUUCCUCGAUACACAUUGUCUCUAGAGGUGCGGCUGGCAGACAACCAUCGCAGGUUGGGCGACUCUCCAUGGUCUCUCUUUCAGGCAAGCUUUCCUGAUCCUCAUUCCACGGAUGAGCUUUGUGUUGUUGCUGAAGAUAAGCCUCACAAGCGCAAGUGGAAGGUGCUGACAAAAGAAAAUGGCCUGGUAGUGACAGCAGAAGCAGAUCCGAACUCCAAGGAAUUGUGUCGCCUUCCAGCCAACUCAGUCGUCGUCGAGGACGGUAUACCACCAAAAAGACUUCCCACCGGCGAGCGACGGCUGCGGAUCCGAUACAAGGCUGAUGCAGUGAAGUCAGGAGAAGGGGACCUAAUCGAUGCAAUGGAGCCUGAAGAGUAUGUUAUAGAGGUCGAAGCAGGAUACUUCGGAAGCGACUUUGGAACUGCUGCUACCUCUAUUCGCAUUUGCUCAAAGGGAGUACUGAAGACCUUGAACUUUCGACCUGGGGUAGAGGGUGGCUCUGCUGGGAUUGAUGGCGAACAAGGAGCAAGCAUGGGUUGGACACCUCGAGAUCGCACAAUGCAUGUUGUCCGGAUCACCAUCCGCAAGACUGGCUGGCACACGUUUGAGAUUAUCGAUGGCAGUGAUUCGGAGAAGACCUGGUCCAAGGAUUUCAAGGUGCUAGGAUGGUUUGAUGACUACAAAGGAAUCUCUGGCAUUUCAAUCACCGAUCCCGACAAUGAAGAGCUGGAACUGGGCAAGGAGCGUGAGUAUCACAACAGCGGAACGCACAAGCUUCGUUUGCGGAGAAUGGGAGAGGCAACAGCAGAUGUGGACGACAAGUUUGAUCCCCGUGGUUGGGUGACAAUCCGCAAAACUGAUAUGGAGUUGGUUGAGGAUGCGCAUGGCCAGAAAGCAGUCAAAGGGCCACAGUGCUUCCUAAGAGCAGGUUUGGCUGAGAGGUCCGUCACGAGCAACAGGUAUCUUCGCUCAGACCGAUGGCACACGGUGACCAUCACUUCAGAUUGCCAGGACAGAACAGUUCUGGUCUUCCUAGAUGGAAUGCAAGCCACGGAGAAGGAAAUCAACAUUGGAACAUCUUCUGGAGGGCUGGGCACCGAUGAUGCAGGUAGAAGGAUGCAAGGUCCAGUCAGUCCUUUGGAGAUGCUGACAAGCAGCUCCGGACUGUUAACAGUCUCGCCGUAUGCAGUGCCACAGGCAGGCUUUCUACUUUUCGCGAGCAGCAGCGCACGUGGAAUGCCAGGAGGCAUUAUGCUGCGACGCAUCACCUUCUACAACACCAUGCUUGGAAGUCAGCAGGUAGAGGAGCAAUAUCUGAAUUCUCGAUACCAGCGGGAGAAGAAGCCUCCACCACAGCAACUUGCCCUCAGUGCAGGCGGAGAUUUGGUGCACCUGCUUCGUGCUUUUGUGAUUGGAUUGGAAGGUGCAUGCAAGAGCAUCGGCCUUGACCUCAUUUGCAGCGAUCUCAACAUCUUCACGCAAUUUUCUACGGUCACAGCCUGGGAGCGACAUAGAGAGGAUGCAACUUGCCGUGAUCUGAUGCGAUUUUUGUUUGAUGCGACAUUUAUGCGACAAAUUGCGACUCCUAGGAUGCUGAUGCUAAUUUUGGAGAAACGCGAUGGACAGGCUGCCUUGGCAUUUGACAACAUCCCGAGCUGGAAAGCUGAAGAUGAUGCAUUUUGGGAUCUGUCCUCAGAAAGGUGCCAGACGUGA